AGUGCCCGGAUGCGGGUGACGUGCGGCCGCCAUCUUCCCGUCCCGGGCAGCCAGCGCCAGUCGGAGCCAGCGCGAGCCGCCGCCGCUGCAGCCGCCAUCACUGCUGCUGCCAAGUCCUCCGCCCGCUGCCCCCGCCAUGUCUGCUACCGCUGCCACAGCCCCCCCUGCCGCCCCGGCUGGGGAGGGUGGCCCCCCUGCGCCCCCUCCAAACCUCACCAGUAACAGGAGACUGCAGCAGACCCAGGCCCAGGUGGAUGAGGUGGUGGACAUUAUGAGGGUGAACGUGGACAAGGUCCUGGAGCGGGACCAGAAGCUGUCAGAGCUGGACGACCGUGCAGAUGCACUCCAGGCAGGGGCCUCCCAGUUUGAAACAAGUGCAGCCAAGCUCAAGCGCAAAUACUGGUGGAAAAACCUCAAGAUGAUGAUCAUCUUGGGAGUGAUUUGCGCCAUCAUCCUCAUCAUCAUCAUCGUUUACUUCAGCACUUAAACCCCUGAGGAGUCUGCCCUGCCUAGAGAAGGGCCUCUCCCCCAACCCCCAGCCGUUCCUCCACCUCUCAGCCAUAUCUUUCAGCCCCCCUCCCCUGGAUCCGUGUGUGUGUGUCCGUGUGUGUGCCCCCCCCUGUAAAUAGCCAGCUGUUAUUUAUACAUAUAUAAUAUUAUAUAUAUUUGGUCUGUUUGUAGUUUUAUUACUAGAAGAUUUUUCUGGUUGUCCUUAACACCCCUUCCUGAGGUUCCCAUCACUUCUUUUCUCUUUCCCACCUUCCCUUUCCCUCUCUUCCUGACUAAUCCCAAGUCCCUUCAUUUGCAUCUGCUAUGCAAUAGUCCCUCUCCUCUCCUUCUUCUUCCCUUGGAUUUAGCUGAUCCUUCCUCCCACCCUGGCCUUCCUGUCACCCUCAUGCACACCCCCCCAAAAAAAACAAAAAGCACCUGUCCAGGGCUCCCUAGGUGCAUCUUAUUUGCAUCCAUUGGGAGGCUCUAAAACUGGCCCCACUUGGUCCUAAGAAUCCCAAAGGUCUUCUGGGAGCUUCCAGCAUGUUAGUUAGCAUAUCAUUUGCAUACUGACAUCCCUUUUGGUUUCCUUCUUUUUGUUCAUCACUCUUCUCUCAACCUGUGUUUCUUUUUUACUAAGGAAUUAGUCCCCAUUGGUCCUUGUAUCACACUUUCAUUUGCACGAUAUUACUUGCAGGGGGUGGGGAGUCUGGGCUUUUGGGGAACCAGGCUGUUCUGGCCCCCAGAAUUGCCCCUCCUAGCCCAUCUAGUCCAGUUUGCCUCCCCUGCCCCCAUUUUCCAAACCUCUUGUACUCUUCUCUCCCUCCCCCCAGCUGGUGUGUAAGUGUCUUGGAGUUCAGUGUAUUAUGAUGGACCAAUAAUUCUGCCACUUGGGGUCUCUCCCCACAUUCUUGCUCCCCAGUUUUCAUGUGGGGCACUCAGCUGACAUUCCCAUGGAGUCUCCCUCCCUCCCUUAUGCCCGAUCCACCACCUCCUCCCACCAGGAGAGUUGGGGGUUGGCCACAAUCCGAUCUCUUUUGGGAGGGGUGGCUACCAGUGUGUGGGGGCUCAUCACUGCCUUGGGGAGGAGUGGGGCAGGGCAGAGAAUCCCUCAAUUCCUGCCUGAAAUCUCUGGUCUCACCCUUACUGGGGUUGUACUGAAAACCCGCCUCCCCAGUUUGGGGAGUGUUGCCCCCAUCACUGCCCAGCUCCUCUGACUGCCCCCUGGAUUUAAGGUGGGGGUACUAGUCACUGCCAAUGUGUGUAUGGGACUUGCUGAAAAAUGGGAAUCCUCGCCCUGUCCAGGGCCAUGGAGCCCGGAGAGAUCUGUCCUCUCAUUGGGUGAAGUGCUAUAGGAAGGGUCUAAUGUCUUUUUAAAUGGCACAAAUUUUCAGGGUCUGAGGGUGCAGUCCCUUCACCUGUCACUGGAGGGGGCCCCCAAACUCUUCCCCCCCACACACUCUAGGUUUUCUGUGCGGAGGGGGAACAGGGAUAGCUAAGCUGUGGUGUGAAAGGGUAGGAGAGAUGCUGGGGGUUGGGGGUGCUGUGUUCUAGAUCCCCCAUAUUAUCCCAGUGUCCCCUGCCCCCCUCUUCCCCCACCCCAUACCCCCAAUUCUGUGGCGCAUCCAGAUUGUGAAAAUGUACAAUAAAUGUGUAAUGAGUAAA